AUGGCUCCGGCAUUUUUUUCCGAUUUAAAGUUCCUCGUUGUAGCAGGCAUUGGGCUGUUUGGUGACGGCUAUCUGAACGUUAGCAUUGGUUUGGUUGUGCCCAUGAUUGGGUACAUCUACUACCAGGACGAGGGCAGCAAAGUCCCGACAGUGCCUGCCGACAUCAUCAAGGGCGCUCUGUCCAUUGGCAUGGUCCUCGGCCAGUUUCUCUUUGGCCUUUUUGGUGAUACACUGGGCCGGCGACACGUCUAUGGCAAGGAGCUGCUGGUGACCAUCAUCGGAACUCUGCUUGUGAUUCUCCUUCCCUGGUCCAAGACGAUUUCGCACAACGGCAUCGUGGCGUGGCUCUCCGUCUUUCGCGUUCUCAGUGGCAUAGGGACAGGAGGUGACUAUCCAGUGACGGCAUCUCUUUCGGCCGAGCACAACCCCGUCGGCUCGCGUGCACGUCUCGUCCUCCUCGUCUUUGCGUCUCUCGGCCUGGGCACAAUGGCAUCGGGCGUCGUGUACGUCGUCCUCCUGGAAGCCUUCAAAGGCGCUGUGGAGAGCAACAUCGACCACCUGCAGUGGGUGUGGCGUCUUCUGUUUGGCAUUGGCAUCAUCCCUUCGGCAUUGACCGUAUACGCUCGGCUCACCAUGCCCGAGACCAAGCCCUACGAGGAGUAUGUCGGUGCCGACGCGAGCUUGCAAAGGGGCCGCCGUGGUCUGAAGCAGCAGCUCCGUGAUUUCCGUGAAUACUUUGCCGAGUGGAAGCAUGCCAAAGUGUUGUUUGCGACCUGUUCGACCUGGUUUCUCUUCGAUAUUGCAUUUUACGGUAUUAGCCUGAACCAGAGCGUUAUUCUCGGAAAGAUUGGCUAUGGAACGGGCCCUACGCCAUGGGCAACGCUUCACAAUACCGCUAUUGGAAACAUAAUCGUCUGUGCCGCGGGAUUCCUGCCGGGCUACUAUCUGUCCAUGUUCCUGCCCGACCUCUUGGGCCGCGUCCGCCAACAAGUCAUUUGCAGCAUGGCCGUGGCCGUCUUCUAUGCCAUCUGGGCGGGCGUCACCGACCACACAUCGGCCGGUGGGCUGCUCACGCUCUUCACCUUUUCCCAGUUCUUCCUCUGCGUCGGACCCAGUGCCACCACGUUUCUGAUCCCCGUCGAGGUUUUUCCGACUCGUGUACGGGCCACUGCCCAUGGAUUGUCUGCCGCCUCGGGCAAAGCCGGUGCCAUUUUGGCCGCCUUCACAUUCGGCACGGCGACGGACAAGAUCGGUCUUAAGGGCGUCCUGGGUCUGUUUUCCGGUAUUAUGGCCCUGGUCGCCCUGAUCACGCUCUUGAUCCCUGAGACAAAGGGCCGGACACUCGAGGAGAUUGAGUCGGGUAUUUUGUACGGCAGUGCCGUGACGGUCGUGCGUGAGGUGGAGGGCGAGUCGGAGAUAGAGGCACCUGUGGUUAAGGGGGAGAAGAGUCAGCCUGUGGAGUAA